AUGAAAUGGACUGCAUAUUGGAGUGGCUGUUGUCCAUUGAGAAGUCUGUUAUCUGGUGAUCAUAAUAAAGAAAAUGUUAAUAAUGCUUACAAAACAACGACCAAUAAAACAACUUGUGAAAGCGAAAAAAAGGAAGGUCGUCCUCGCAUUGUCAAUCCUUUCGAGUGCAAUUUGGCUGAAGAAAUAUCGCAAUUUACUUUCAGUCCAAGUGUUUUCACAGUAUCUAAGAAAUCGAACGACAGUAUCGCUGAACAGUUUGUAUGGUCAAUUGAUGAAAGAGCAGUUAUGUGCCCCGUUGAUAUCGAUGAAGAAAAUGCUCCUCUUGAAUUAACACCUGAUCCAAAACACGAAGCUGCAAUUCAUUCUGCUCUCGAGAAGUUUUGGAGAACCAACUUAACUGUGGCACCAUCGCCAAGUAUCAGUCCUUUUCAGAUAAUAGAGGGAAAACGAAUUAAGGUGGUUAAGGAAUCGUCUUUGAUAAAACAAAAAUUGUUCCUUAAGAAAGACGCGCAAACUCAGACAACAGCAACUUUUCCAAAAGAGUUUGAUUUCGAAUGUUUUUUAGCUGUACCUCUAGAAUGGGUGUUUUUAGAAGCUGAAUUCCGAUAUUCCGAAAUGGAAGGAAAUGGUUUGGAAAUGAAGAAAACAGAUAAAUACUGUAAUUCACAAAUCAAGCAGCAAGGUUCAGAGCGGGAUGUAAUAUAUCUUGAAAAUUACGAUGAAGUGGGGUAUUCUAUUGCGGAAGAUAAGUCUAUGAGAAAAGGUCCGGGUGAUGAUGUAGUAUGUCUUGACGUUGAAAGCGAGGAUGAUAUCCCUGAUUUCCUCAAGAAUGUACCUGUUGGAAGAUGGAAAAAAAGACGUUCUCCAUCAAACAGUCCCGCAUUUUCUUAUAUAUCACCAGACGUUUCUCCCAUUGCGUUUGAUUGA